GUGCAUAGAAGAAACAUAAAUACCAAAUUAUCAAGUGAUCUGUGAAUUUGUGAUUUCUGGUAAAUUUUAUAACUAAUUUGUGCUCAAUUUCACAUUUUCUAAGCAUUACUCUGUCAGGCAUGAGCCAUUCAAUCCCCCCUUCCAGUGGCUGGCCACCCCCAUCACCUAAUAUUGAAAAUGAGGCAGCAUUCUCCAUGGAAACCACAGCCCUCUGAGGCUGUCGCAGCUAAUCCUCAGGAGCUUACUCAACUCUUACUUCUCCUAAGAGGGUUUUACCAGCAGCACCAAUGCCCAAGAAUUCUCCCCAAACAAGCUCUGGAUCUUCUGUUUAUCCCACCGGAGGAGGAAAACAAACCUAGUUAAGCAGCAGAGAGGAGCAGAGAGGAGCAGAGGGAAGAACGGUUCAUCCGCUCUGAGCCAGUCCUGGGAGCUUCAAGGGAGUCGGACAUCCUUGGUAGGAACAUGCACUUCAGGAGCGGUGCGCCCACUUUGCUGCUGCUGCUGCUGGUUCGUUGUCUGCUGGAGGUGAGAGGGCAGGAGCGGGGGUACCUGCAGGAGGCUCUCAGGGCCUUGGAUCUGCCCCUGGGUACCAAUGAUGAUGUGCCAAAGCUCAACAAGAAUCACACCGGAGUCCUGAUCGCCAAGCUCCUCCGGGUGGUGCACUGCGCAGAGCGGAUUGGGACCUCUGAGGACGUCUGUAACAAGUGCCUGACACCAGAUGUGGCUCUCUCUGUGCUGGAGCAUGAUGGGAAGGCUUAUCUCACAGAGGAGGACUACGAGCGGAUCUCCACCGUUCUGCUGUACUACAUCAUUAACUUGGAUGACCUGUGUGUGUCAAAUGCUGCCUCUCCUUCCUCCCUCUCCUCCUCCUCCUCCUCAUUUGGGAACUAUCAGUUCUACCUUUUGGCCCUCGCCAGUCUACACCCGGCUGAGGACGACCUCUUCCUGUCUCCCAGCGAAACAGAAAGUAUCCUGCAGCUCAUCAACCAGCACUACGACCCCUCCCAUCAAGACGCCUCAUCUGAUUUGCAAUGUAUUGAUGCCCCUCACCUCCUUGAAGAUGUUGACGUACAAGAAAAAGCAGGCGCUGAUGUGUCUUCUGUGCCCAAACUGGCCGCAGCCGUCAUCAGCCACGUCCUGCAGGGCCACUGUUUCAGACAGAGGAACCUCCCGUCUCCUGCUUUCUUUACCGAAUACAUCUUUCAAUCCCUAAAUCGCACAAGUGACCUGCAGAUAAUGGAUUUAGAGGAGCUGCUCCAUCAGCUGGGAGUGGGGAGGGAAGCAGCGACACACUCUCACCACAGGAAGAGGCGGAGUUCACAGAGAGGGGGCGGGCCUCUGCUGGAUGGUUGCAAACAUGAAGCUGGUGGAAUUAGCAGAGACUGGGCACAGGUGUGUUUUUCAGCCAAUCAGCUGGUGGAUAUUUUUGCUCUGAAUCCUCAUUUGCCGAUUUCCAAGGAGCACUUCAGACAAAUGUGCCCAGCCAUCAUUCAGCAGUUGCUAGGCAAUGCCUGCGAGUCUGCAGAAUUAAAGAGAAGAGGAUCUCUGCCCACUGCUCUCGAGAAGUACGGCUACAGCACGGCUGCCGUCCUGCUCAUCACGGUGGGCUCCAUGCUCGGGAUCUGCCUGAUCUUCUUCAACUCCUGCCAGGAAACCUACACGCUCAUCCUGCAGCUGUUUGUGGGCCUGGCAGUGGGGACGCUCUCAGGAGACGCACUCCUGCACCUCAUACCACAGAUCCUCGGCCUCCAUGAUGACACCCACAGCCAUGACGACGAACACAAUCCAGAACGAAAAGAGUAUCUGUGGAGGAUUCUGGGAAUGAUCGCAGGGAUCUACGGCUUUUUCCUCAUUGAAAGAAUCUUUUCCUUCUUUGUCCCGUCUCAUGGUCAUGGUCAUGGUGACCUUCCCUUAGAGCUAAACAUCAAUGGACAGUCACAGAGGGGCAAGUCCAUCUCCACCAUACAGCUGGGACCAGUGGAUGACUUGGAGUGCACAGAAGUAUCUCCCGAACACGUCAACACAAGGAGCCCUUCACAUCAGAGACAAGGGGUUCCUCUGCUGGCUGUGAUGGUAAUCGUGGGAGACAGCCUUCAUAACUUUGCCGAUGGCCUGGUUGUCGGGGCGGCCUUCUCCUCUUCAGCCGAGACCGGCAUGGCGACCACCGUGGCCAUUCUGUGCCACGAGAUCCCGCACGAGAUGGGGGACUUUGCGGUGUUGUUGAGCUCUGGACUCUCAGUGAAGACUGCUGUGCUGAUGAACUUUCUCAGCGCUCUGACGGCCUUCAUGGGGCUCUACAUUGGACUGUUUGUGUCCUCAGAGAUGGAGGUGCAGCAGUGGAUCUUCGCUGUUACUGCUGGGAUUUUCCUCUAUCUGUCACUGGUCGAAAUGCUUCCAGAGAUGAGUCGAGUGAAGACGGACAGACCGUGUCUCAUGUUCUUCCUGCAAAACCUCGGUCUGUUGAUGGGUUGGGCCUGUCUUCUGCUACUCGCACUCUUUGAACAUGAACUCAAAUUCUGAAUGCAGUGUAAGUGAUGUAUAUCUCUUCACACAGGGUUGAGCCGAAAACAAACUUAUUUUCUAGUGUUUUUUGACUUGAAAGUGUUAGUGUGUGCAACCAGGAUGUUUUAAGUCAUUAUUGGUCAGCGAAUGAGUUUUUCAUGAUGUUUUAGU